AUGACGGGCUGCCGAACAGACUGUGUCCAGAAACCUCUGGCUGUAAUGUUUGAAAAGCUCGGGUAUCUGGUUGGAUCCCACCCUGUUUGUUUCAUGAUCGUACCUUUGCUCAUGUCAGUCGCUUUUGGAGGAGGAUUUUAUUUUCUGAAGGACCGUGAGGACAACGACAUCGAGCGGCAAUUCACACCCACCAGUGGAUGGUCCAAGGAGGCCAGGAGAUUUGUCAGAGACAACUUCCCACACGACGACUCCAUGUUCUCUGCCCAGAGGCUGUACACUGAGGGGAAUUAUGCGUCAGUCAUCUUGUCAUCGAGAAACGACAGCAACAUAUUCACAGAGGCCGCAUUUCAAGAUAUCAUCCAUCUGGACAGCAAAGUGAGAAAUAUCUCUGUGUCUUCAAAUGACAGGCAUUUCAGAUAUGAAAACCUGUGUGCCAAAAUGAAAAACAAGUGCAUACCAAAUGUCAUAUUAAACAUCAUUGAUUACGACCCCCAGAAGACUGAGCAUGCGAAGAUCAGUUUUCCACUGCAUGAGCUGAAAGGGACUCCGGAAUUUCUUGGGUUUACGGUCGGAGGAGUGAACCUAUCCGAGGGCCUGAUUCAGAGUGCCCAGGCUGUAAGACUGUUCUACUUCUUAGAAGAUGUUGGAAACUCCCAUGUGUGGCUGAAGCAGUUCCAAAGGUUAAUGCUAUCUGAACACGGCUAUGACAAAAUUAGGGUGUCUGUGUUCACUUCCUUGUCCAGGCAAGAGGAGUUUGAACAGCACACACCAGAUGGCAUUCCUCUGUUCUCCAUCACAUACUCACUCGUCAUCUCCUUCUCGGUCAUCUCCUGCUUAAGAUUUGACAACGUGCGGAAUAAGGUGUGGGUGGCCUUUAUUGGGGUGCUCUCUGCUGGGCUGGCCGUGAUCUCCAGUUUCGGCCUCAUGCUCUACAUCGGGGUCCCCUUCGUCAUAACCGUUGUCAACGCUCCCUUCCUCAUACUGGGGAUUGGUGUUGAUGACAUGUUCAUCAUGGUCUCAAACUGGCAGCAGACCAACGUCAAAGACCCCGUUGAGAAGCGGAUGGCCGACACUUACAAAGAGGCAGCCAUGUCCAUCACCAUCACCACCGUGACGGACAUCCUCGGCUUCUACAUCGGCCUCAUGACGGACUUCCCGUCCGUCCAGUACUUCUGCCUGUACGCCAGCACGGCCAUCUUGCUGUGCUACGUCUACAACAUCACCUUCUUCGGGGCCUUCUUGGUGCUCAACGGCCGGAGAGAGCGCAGGAACGGCCACUGGCUGACCUGCGUGCAGAUCCCGAGCGAGGCACCCGAGGACAGCUCCAGGUGUAGCGCCCUCUGCUGUGUGGGGGGUCACUACAACGCCAAGCGGGGCUCUGAGAAGGAGCAGCCCAUCAAUAGCUUCUUCAAGAGGCACUACGGCCCCUUCCUGACCAAACGGUGGUCCAAGUUAGGCGUAGUGCUGCUCUAUGUGGGCUACUUGACCCUGGCCGUCUACGGCUGCUUCCAGGUUCAGGAAGGAAUCGACAUGAGCAAUCUGGCUGCAGAUGACUCCUACGUGAACGAGUACUACGCAGACGAGAGGAGGUACUUUUCCGGGUUCGGACCGACCGUCAUGGUGACGGUGAGAGGAGAGUACCCGUACUGGGAGGAGAGGGACCGGGCGGCCCUGCGGUCCUGCGUCAACAGGUUCACCGAGUUGAGCUUCGUCAGCGAGGACGUCCGCGUGUCGUGGCUGGACAUCUACGAGGAGUUCUCCCAGCUCACGUACUUCAGCUUGAACGACCAGACCGUCUUCAUGUCCAACCUGUCUGCGUUUUUCUCCUUCGCGCCCGAGCUCAGUCUCGACGUGAACAUAACGGACGGGAUGAUCUACGCCUCGCGCUUCUUUGUCCAGACAGUGGGCAUCACCAACGCUACCAUGGAGAUCAAGAUGUUUAACGAGUUCAGAGAGAUGGCUAAGAGGUGCACGGUGGCAGACAUCUUGGUUUUCCAUCCUGCGUUCAUCUUCUACGACCAGUACGACAUCUUGGAGAGUAGCACCAUCCAGAGCAUCGGGUUCACGGCCGUAGUGAUGCUCGUGGUCUCUCUCCUCCUGAUCCCAAACCCAGUGUGCUCCCUCUGGGUGACACUCUCCAUUGGUUCCGUCAUCACCGGGGUGACAGGCUUCAUGGCAUUAUGGGAUGUCAACCUGGACACCAUAUCCAUGAUAAUCCUGGUUGUGUGCGUCGGCUUCACCGUGGACUUCUCGGCUCACAUCUCCUAUGCGUUUGUGUCCAGCGAUAAACCGUCGGCCGAUGAGAAAGCCAUCGACGCUGUCUUCCACCUGGGCUAUCCUGUUUUACAAGGGGCCGUCUCCACCAUAAUAGGGGUGAUCGCUUUGGCCACUUCGAAGAAUUACAUUUACCGGACCUUAUUUAAGAUAAUGUUCCUAGUCAUGGUUCUUGGGUUGGUUCAUGGUCUGAUGUUUAUUCCUGUGUUCUUGACUAUGUUUUCCUUCAACUGCCAUAACAAAGACAAAAAAUCAUGCUCGUACACGGCGUGUCAGCCCACGCCAGUUCCUUAUAUGGGAGAAAUUAGUUCAUAUUGUGCCCAGUCUUGCAGCUAG